ACAGACUACACUGUUACCCCCGAAAGGAUCGAAGAAGCACUUAAAAUACGCUGGGAUUAUUUUUUCGCCCAAGAUGUCAUCGAAGAUGGUGUACUAUACAGGCGUUUUCCAAUUAAAUAUUUUGCAAAUGAUUAUGCAAGUCCAAGGAUGAGUAUUUACUAUGUAGUUACCGACGAACAAAGGAAUAUAUUGAGAGUGGAACACAAAGUUAGACAAGAUUUUUACGAGUGUAAGGAGAUAUAG